GAUAUACCUAUAGUUAUCUGUCUGUCUGCUGAAACAUUCACGCUGAUUGCAGAAGAAAAUAAUUCGAUCAAUAAUGUACAGUACUUUGAAAUUCUCCCUGUACACAGACGUGAUAUACACAUCAUAUUUAUUAUUUUAAGAAAAUUCAUGCUUAAGAUUUGUGUUAUUUCAUGUGACCUUAACCGAAUAUUGACUACUUAAACCGCAUGUGCAGGAAACUUAUUUUCACUUUACCUGUAUUAAAAUGGGGAUGCCAAAACAGAUUUUUAGAGGGAUUACAAAAUGGAAAAAUUUCCUUAUUGUGUUUCUAGUACCAUUAAUUCUUCUUCCUAUUGUAACAAAAAUUGAUACAAAGCCAGCAAGAUGUGCAUACGGAGUACUUGUGAUUGGAAUAUAUUGGGUGUUAGAAGUAAUGCCUUUGGCUGCCACCUCGUUACUGCCGGUGGUCUUGUUUCCUAUGCUUGGAGUUAUGCCUGUUCAGCAAAUUUGUCAAAGUUAUUUCAAGGAUACUUUGAUGUUAUUUUUGGGGAGUUUAGUAGUCGCUGUGGCUGUAGAGAGAUGGGAUUUACAUCGACGUAUAGCUCUAAGAGCAUUGACACUUGUUGGCCCUCAGCCUAGAUGGUUGAUGUUAGGUAUAAUGUUUCCAUGCUGGUUUCUGUCAAUGUGGAUGAGUAAUACCGCUACAACAGCUAUGAUGGUGCCAAUAUUAAACGCUAUACUGCUACAGAUCAAGGAAGCAAGAGAAAUUGGGCCAAAUACGAAAAAGAACUCUUUCAGAUUGAGUGCUGAAAAAAAUAUGAUAGAAACUUCUUUUACUAAUAAUGGAAAAAUUGAAGAUGAUGCUAUUCAGGAAAAAGGCGCAAAUGGUGAUACAAAUACGAUAGAAAUGCAAAAACUAAUGAAGAAGGAACCAAUAGAAAAAGAGGAAGAAAAUGGACCAAUCAAAUCAGAAGACAAAGAGUUUAUUCAAUUAGCUAAAACAUUUUCCCUGUGUGUGGCAUUUUCUGCUAAUAUUGGUGGUGUGGCAACAUUAACAGGGACUCCACCAAAUAUUGUAUUUAAAGGAAUAGCUGAAGAUGAAUUUAAGAUCUAUGACAUGGACUCGGGGAUUACAUUUGCCAAUUGGUUGGUGAUUGGUUUACCAUUAUCUAUUAUCUGUUUUAUCUUCCUAUGGGGCUGGAUGCAGUUCUACUUUGAUGGCAAAAAAUGUUUUCCCUGUGUGGCGAGAGGAGAGGAAGGAUCAUAUGACAACGUUAAGAAGUUUUUACACAAGGAGUAUUUGAGUUUAGGAAGCAUGACAUUUGCAGAAAAAAUGGUACUUGGUGACUUUGUUAUAUUGGCAGUUCUUUGGAUAACAAGAAACCCGCAGUUCGUCCCUGGAUGGGGAGCAUUAUUCCCCAAAAAGUAUAUCACUGAUUCGGUUCCUGCUAUUCUGAUGGCUGUUCUACCUUUUAUUCUUCCGUCACAACCUCCGGGAUUCCUGAGAAGUCAACAGUUGAAUUGUACGAAAGCAGCAUCAAAAGAUGAUGAAGUAAUUAGUAACGAUGAAGUUGUAGUUGAGUUAGAUAAAGCUAAAAAGGAUGAAUACGUACCAUUACUGAAUUGGAGAAUAGUCCAUGAGAAACUAGCAUGGGGAGUUAUACUGCUCAUGGGUGGUGGAUUUGCGUUAGCCGAUGCAUGUAAGGCAUCAGGGUUGUCAAAUACCAUAGCUGAAUCUCUGUCGUUCUUAGCAGGUAUACCUCCAUGGGUUAGUGUACUCAUCUUGACAAUUAUAGUUGCCGCCAUCACUAAUAUCACUAGUAAUGCAGCAACUACAACCAUUUUUGUUCCUAUUGUGUUCCAUUUAGCCAUUAAAUUAGGAGUGCAUCCAUUAUUUUUUAUGAUUCCCAUAACCCUGAGUGCUUCCUUUGCUUUUUUACUUCCGGUUGGUACACCACCAAAUGCCAUAGUAUUUUCAACUGGAUAUUUGACUAUUAAGGAUAUGGUAUUUGGAGGUGCUGUUGUGAAUAUUGUGACUGUUUUAAUCAUGAACCUUUGCUUCAAUGCUUACAUAAGUCCAUUCUUAGGGCUUUCGGUAUUUCCUGAAGCUUUACGCUUACCCAUUGUCAAUGGGACACUGUUAAAGAAUGGAACAUUGUUAUUGGUCAACCAAACACUUAAUGCUAACUAUACUAUUGUACCAUGAUACUUUUAGUAUGCUUGUGUUUUAAAUAUAGAAUGUGAUAUAGACAUAUUGGUGCAUUUAUCUUGCUACUGAUUGCUGAAUAUAAUUAGUUUUAUAGAUUAAUG